AACUCGGACCGAAAAGUUACGCAUUUAUCAAAGUGAAUAAUGAAAAAUAUUUCGUACCAACCGAACUUACAAGAAAAAACCAGGAAAAACGAAACAGUGAUUUGUGUUUCGUUUAAAUACAAAGAUACAGAAAUACGUGAUAAAAACAAAGUUUGUCACGAACCUAUAACAUGUGUUGUACGCAAAAAAGAAUCUAAAAAAAUAAUAACAAGGGAAGAUGGGGGUGAAUAUACUUACAAAUCCUUGGAGCGAGCAACAACUCCCGGAGAGUCUAAAGGAGAGAAAGAAAUUGAUCCUUUUACUCAUCAUUUUUUCUUCCCGUGCUGGUGGUGGAUUAAGACUAUCGUGCUCGGGGUUUUCCUGAUUCCUGUUCGGAUUUUCCUCUGUUCUGUAUUAUGCUUAAUAAAUAUAUUAAUUGCCCUGGUAGUAUCCGGGUUCUGGGAUCCUGGUCCAGAGAAACCUCAUCAGGGUUGGACCAAGCAGAUGGCAGAUUUAACCUACAGGAUUGGAAACCUGAUGGUUGGUUGUGCUGGGAUCAGGGUUCAGUUAUCAGGGUGUGCCCAGGAUAGUAGAGCGCGGAUACUAGUUGCUGCCCCACACACCUCCUACCUGGAUACCCUACUGGUUGGUAGGACCGGAGCAACUGCAGUAGUAGCUGCUGAGUUCUCCGUCUCCUGUCUAGGAGUUGUUGGAAACUUUAUCCGAACCAUCUGGGUCAACAGAGAAACCAUAGAAUCCAGGAGAUAUUCAUUGGAUUCAAUCAUAUCAAGAGCUCAGGAUCCGUCCUGGCCACAGGUUCUAAUAUUUCCGGAGGGAACCACAACCAACGGACAAGCUCUGCUUAAGUUCAAACCCGGAGCUUUCCUACCCAGAGUACCAAUCCAACCCAUCACUAUACACUGGGAGAACAGAUUUAAUACUAUAACCUGGACAUAUCAACAGAAUAUCUCCGCUCCGAUCCUUCUCUUUCUAACCCUGGCUACUCCUGUUACUAACUGCAGGAUACACUUUCAUCCAACCCUGUAUCCGGACCUACAGGAUACACAGAAUACACAGGAUACACAGGAUACACAGGAUACACAAGAUAUUCACAUCUUUGCAGAAAGGACCAGAAGAUUGAUGGCUGAGAGUUUAGGAGUGCCCCUGUCCAACCUAUCUGGGAAGGAUGCUUAUCAGAAAUAUAUCAAGAACAAAAAAUAAAAUUUUUAAUAUUUUUAUCUUAUUUGAUGGAUAAAUUGAUUUAAUAUUAAUAUAAUGAAAUAUC